CACCACCCAAGUUUACAAGAACCCCCGUGGACCAGACAGGAGUUUCUGGAGGAGUCGCCUCAUUCAUCUGUCAAGCCACAGGAGAUCCAAGACCUAAAAUUGUCUGGAACAAAAAGGGAAAGAAAGUCAGCAAUCAGAGAUUUGAGGUAAUAGAGUUUGAUGAUGGAUCUGGAUCAGUUCUCAGAAUACAACCACUGCGCACACCACGAGAUGAAGCCAUUUAUGAAUGUGUGGCUUCCAAUAGCGUUGGCGAAAUAAGCGUGUCCACAAGACUCACUGUUUUACGUG